CUUUCAUCUCUUAUUAGGGGUCAGCCCCCCCCCCAUGAUUUGAACCCUGAUGACACUACAACCAGGGAGCAUCCUCUGUCCCAGACCUCUCACCCUGGGAUUUCAGAUGGGAUGCUUGCCAAUGGAUUUGGGACUAUGUGCAGGCCCAAGCCAGGAGGUCUCAGGGUUUGGAUGUCCCCAAAUUCUACAGGCAAGCAUCUUUCAUUCCAUGCUGCGGGCUUCUUGGUUGUAGCUGUGUUGGUCUCGGGACACAGGCAGACAAGGUUCUUUGGGGAGAUUGGAUCUUUGUUAUUAGAUCAGCUGAGAAAUUAGGGAAAUAGUUCUCGACAAGAAAUAGUUCCCAAAGGUAGCAAAGAACUUUUUUUGCAACUUCUCAGUUGGCCUAAUGAAAGAGAUCCCAUCUCCCUAAAAAGGCUUGCCUGCUGCUUGCCUCCCAGACUACGCCUGAUUUUAGCGAAAAGGCCGAGGAGCAAGGCUGCGGCAGCCCCCCGAGCCCGGCAGGGGCUAAGAGGCUGCUUCGCCUUUAAGGUUCCGGCCGGCCCGCCCUCUCGCUUGAUUGACAGGCCGCGGGGAGUCACGUGACCCGCCUCUAUUUGAAGGUCACAAAAAGCUGCUUCCUUUAGAGAGAGCAAGAGGGAGAGAGAGAGACGGAGCGAGCGAGCGGGAGGGAGGGAGUGAGUUCAAGCCAAAAUGGCCGACGGUGUCUCUGCUGGUUUCUGAACAUUUCAAAUUGAAAACAACCAAUACAAAAUCCUUUUUGGGAUCUCUUUUCAUUUCCAUUUCUACCUUGUAUGCCUCAACUCGCUGGAUUUAAGCACUGCUGCACUUUAUGAGUCUUCUUGAACCAAGCAGAAAAGUAAAGGGAAAGCUCUGAAGCUUGCUUUCAGGAAAAGGCCCCCUCCCCCUGCAUUAAUCUUUCCAGUUUAAGAAGAUUUACAUUUACAAGCUGGGUUGAUCUACACAAACUUGUGAAUUAACGCUGUGUUCCCUUGUGACCAGAAGAAACUGCUUUAUGACUAAGAGAACCCCUGAUCCACAUGACAAGAUAUUUAGCAAUAUGACAUUAGAAUGUGAAAGGGAAAGGGAGAGGAGUCUUCAUCCUACUGAUGCUUUCCUUCUUUGCAAAUCUCUUCCAAGCUUUUAAAAAGGGGAGCAAAUAAUACCAAAUAAAUCAAAGCCUGACUUUGUUCUCUUUGCCCUAAUCUUCAUCCUUUGCAAGAUGAAAUUUGAUGAAGUGAUAGACUAGUUUUAUUUUUAAGGACAGUUCCAAUUACUGCAUAUGUUGUAGUAUGGGAUAAAAACUAACGUGUACCCUGUGUAUUGUUUAUUUAAGUAUCCGCUCAGUGAUUUAAGCCGAACAGACCUGAGGAGCAAGAAAAAAUUUUCAUUGCAACUUCGGUUGAUACAAUUACAUUACUAAAAAUAUUAAUUCUUCAUUAAAUUGGCUCUGCUCUUAUUCAUUUAUUUACAUGCUAGCUUUUUGGAAGUUGCAGACUAGUAUCCUUCCACCAGGGGUAAAAUUGGUUGUGGAAAGUGUGUAGACAGGGCAUUGGUAUUUUACCACUGUCAUCUAGAUCUAUUCUCUGAAAGGGAUUAGAUGACAGCGGUGGAAAUGCUGACAAAACCACAACACCUUCGUCCUGAGGGUAGCCUACAGCAGGAGAUUUUUAAAAAGGCUGUAAUAUUUCUCAUAAUGGUUUUCACUGUGGAGACUUGUAUGCUUUUCCUAACUUUUUUCUUCUUCCCAACCUUUUCUAGUUGCUACUUAAAAAUAUAUUAGCUAAUGUUAUUGGAGGGGGGGAACCCUGGAAUCUAGCAAAGGCAGUUUAGCACUUUCUAAACUGGUGUUUAAACUGAAGUUAGCUCGUCAUGCUGUAAUGUGCGUGGCUAGUUUGAGGCCUCAUCUAUCUACAGUUUGUACUACUUUUAAAUCAGUAAUUUUAAAUUUUAAUUUAGCUAGACAAGGAGUGUCCAACCUCUGACCUGCAGGCCAAAUGCAGCCCACGGAGUUAUACGUAUCUCGCCUGUGGAGCUCCCCCCAGAUCAGGAAAUUUGGUGGCAGGGGAGAGGUGGCAGUAAAUAAGGCCACCCUUGUUGCUGCUAAAUUGCCUGGCGCCAAGUCACACCCUCUUCCCCCACCUCCCCCAUGGAUGGAUGGGGCUGGGCCAUGUCUCCUUUCCCCCAUGGGGAUGGGCUGGUCCACAUCCCUUUCCUGCAUGAGGCAGGGCUGGGAUGCACCCUCUCCCUUUCCCCUCCCCUGGCAGGGCCAGGUUGGAGCCAGAACACCCCCUGUCUGCCUCUGCAUAGCCAGAUGGGGCCCUGCUGUGACUGCCUCGUGCUGGAUCGGAACCAUCAGCCAGGUCUGGCCUGCAGAUAGCUUGGGCUCUGCCUGUUUGGCCCACUAGCCAAAAAUGUUGAGUACCACUGAGCUAGACCAAUACAAAUUCCCUGUCCAGACAUAACAAGGCCUUUUCAGUCUUAUGUGCAGUGCAGGUUAUUUUAGUGUAGCUAUUCUCCCUGUGCAUGUUCGUAUUCCAGAAUGAGGCCUUGUCUACACUUACUUGAUUUUUUGUGGGCAGAAAUUCUGAUGGCGGACAGCAUCUACCACUGCCAAACCACCAGAGCACGUACCUGUUGUAUGUUUCUGGCUGUUCCACUGCAUCAGUUUUGCUAACAGAGUACAAAGUUUACCCCGAGAAAGGACCAGCUGCUUAAGAGGCUAUGAAAGCUGCCAGAAGGCAGGGGAGCGUCUACAUAUGUCUUCUGAGAGGUGGCAGACAGCAGCAGAAGCCUGAACGUGGUGUAAUGCUGGUGGUUAAAAGAGAGAAGGAGCAGGAAAGGGAAGAACAGUUAAUGGAAGACAAGAAAAGGAAGAAAGAGGAUAAGAAAAAGAAGGAAUCUGCUCAGAAGGUCACAGAUCAAAAAACCAAAGUGCCCGAAGUGACGAAACCAAGUUUAAGCCAACCAGUGGCCGCCAGCCCAAUUGGCAACUCUCCAUCGCCACCAGUCAAUGGUGGCAACAAUGCCAAAAGGGUGGCAGUGCCGAACGGACAACCGCCAAGCACCACCCGCUACAUGCCUCGGGAGGUGCCGCCGCGAUUCCGUUGCCAGCAGGACCACAAAGUGUUACUGAAACGUGGGCAGCCCCCUCCGCCAUCCUGUAUGCUCCUUGGGGGUGGGGCAGGGCCUCCUCCCUCAACAGCACCUGGAGCAAACCCAAGCAACGCACAACCAGUGACAGGAGCACUGCUGCAGAGCGACAGUGGGACUGCAACAGAUUCAACAAUUGGAGGUGCUGCUGGUUCAAAUUAUGCAAAUUCCACUUGGGGUCCUGGAGCCUCCUCCAACAACGGCACCAACGCCAACCCAACUCACAUCUGGGACAAGGUGAUUGUAGACGGGUCUGACAUGGAAGAGUGGCCUUGUAUUGCCAGCAAAGACGCUGAGUCUUCUUCAGAAAACACCACCGACAACAACAGUGCCUCAAACCCUGGCUCAGAGAAGAGCACUCUGCCAGGAAGCACCACUAGUAACAAAGGAAAAGGAAGCCAGUGCCAGUCUGGAAGCACUGGGAGCGAAUGUAAUCUUGGGGCCUGGAAAUCUGACCCCAAGACUAAAUCUGUUCAAUCUUCCAACCCUGCUGUGGAGAGUAACAAUGGACUAGGAAAUUGGAGGAAUGUGACUGGGCAGGAUAGAAUCAGCGCCGGUUCUGGCUUCAGCAACUUUAACCCAAAUAGUAACCCAUCUGCUUGGCCAGCACUGGUUCAAGAGGGCAGUUCUAGGAAAGGGACUUUGGAGUCUGAUAAUGGUAACUCCAAUGCACAGAUUAGCACAGUAGGUCAGACCCCUAGGGAACAGCAGUCAAAGAUGGAAAAUGCGGGUGUUAACUUUGUCUCUAGCAGAGAACAGGCUCAAAUUCAUAACACUGAUGGACCAAAAAAUGGAAACACUAACUCCUUGAACUUAAGUUCGCCAAACCCUAUGGAGAAUAAGGGAAUGCCCUUUGAAAUGGGCUUGGGGAACCCCUCCAGGAGCACUGAUGCCCCUUCACAAAGCACUGGAGAAAGAAAGCCUGGGAAUGUUGGAUCUUGGGGUACAGCUAGGGGGCCUUCUGGAACUGACACAGUCUCUGGACAAAGCAAUUCUGGAAACCAUGGGAACAAUGUAAAGGAUAGAGAGGAUUCCUGGAAAGGAGGUUCUGUACAAAAAUCUAAUGGGUCAAGAAAUGAUUCUUGGGAUAACAAUAACAGGUCUACGGGUGGUGGGUCUUGGAACUUUGGCCCUCAGCACUCAAACGAAAGCAAAUGGGGUGAAGGGAACAAAUUGACAUCUGGGGUCUCUCAGGGAGAAUGGAAACAGCCGUCUGGGUCUGAUGAACUGAAGAUUGGAGAAUGGAGUGGUCCAAACCAACCAAAUUCUAGCACUGGAGCAUGGGACAAUCAAAAAGGCCACCCUCUUCCUGAAAACCAAGGCAAUUCCCACGCUCCCUGUUGGGGAAGAUCUUCCAGCUCUGCAGGAAGUGAGGUUGGAGGUCAAAGCACUGGAAGUAACCACAAAGCAGGAAGUAGUGACAGUCACAAUUCUGGACGCCGAUCAUACAGGCCUACACAUCCUGAUUGCCAGGCAGUCUUGCAGACUUUGCUGAGCAGGACUGAUUUGGACCCUCGUGUGCUUUCAAACACUGGCUGGGGCCAAACUCAAAUAAAACAAGAUACUGUGUGGGAUAUUGAAGAGAUGCCACGGCCAGAGGGGAAAUCUGAUAAAGGAACUGAGGGGUGGGAGAGCUCUACCACACAGACAAAGAACUCAGGGGGCUGGGGGGAUGCACCCAGCCAAAGCAAUCAAAUCAAGUCUGGAUGGGGUGAGCUCUCAACCCCAACAGAGUGGAAGGACCCCAAAAAUACAGGAGGGUGGAAUGACUACAAGAACAACAAUUCCUCCAACUGGGGAAGUGGAAGACCAGAAGAAAAACCAUCCUCCUCUUGGAAUGACAACUCCAACAAGGAUCAAGGGUGGAGUGGACGGCAACCUAAUCAAGGAUGGUCUUCAGGAAAGAAUGGUUGGGGAGAGGAGGUUGACCAAACAAAAAAUAGUAAUUGGGAAAGUACAGGAAACAAACCAGUGUCGGGUUGGGGUGAAGGCGGACAAAAUGAGAUCGGGACUUGGGGUAAUAGUGCAAAUGCAAAUGCUGCUUCAAAGGGUGGAUGGGAUGAUUGUAAAAGAACUCCAGCAUGGAAUGAGGCUGGUCGACAGCCCAACUCCUGGAACAAGCAGCAGCAGCAACAACAGCAGGAGACUUCUGGCUCCUGGGCUCCACCACCACAAACUCCAGGUAAUGGGCGACCUCCAAAUCCAAACUGGAACAGUGGGCCACAGCCAUCUGCCCCCAAGGAUGAGGAGCCCAGUGGCUGGGAAGAACCUUCUCCACAAUCGAUAAGUCGGCAAAUGGAUAUUGAUGAUGGCACUUCAGCAUGGGGAGACCCCAGCAGUUAUAACUAUAAGAAUGUGAACCUGUGGGAUAAGAACUCUCAAGGAGGACAGGCCCCACGAGAACAGAGUCUGCCUACUCCAAUGACUAGCAAAUCAACCGCAUCAGUCUGGAGCAAAAGCACACCACCUGCUCCAGAUAAUGGUACGUCCGCCUGGGGUGAGCCAAAUGAAACUAGUCCCGGGUGGGGUGAAGUGGAUGAUACAGGAGCAUCGACUACAGGCUGGGGGAAUGCACCCUCCAACACCCCAAAUGCCAUGAAACCUAUAGGAGGGGCGGCGACACAGCAGGAGGGGCAGCGGCGCACCGGACGCGGCAGGAGAGGCGGCCUCUCAGGUUCUAAAUCUAUGCAAGAUGGCUGGGGGGAGAAUGAUGGGCCAGUAACAGGAACGCGGCAUUCCAGCUGGGAAGAGGAGGAGGAGGGAGGAGUCUGGAACACAGCAGGCUCUCAGGGAAGCAGUUCCUCCCACAACUCAACAAGCUGGGGGCCAGGAAAGAAACCACAAAUUAAGUGCCCGUUAAAAGGAGGAAAUAGUGAUUCAUGGAUGACCCCUUUAUCCAAGCAGUUUUCAAAUAUGGGAUUGCUAAGUCAAACUGAGGAUGCUCCAGGCAGUAAGAUAGAGUUGUCUGUAGGUGGUCUCCCAGAUAAGAAGUUUGAGGUGGACAAACGAGCCAUGAAUCUUGGGGAUUUUAACGAUAUAAUGAGAAAGGAUCGAUCUGGGUUUCGUCCGCCCAAUUCCAAAGAUAUGGGAACCACAGAUAGUGGGCCUUACUUUGAGAAGCUGACUUUGCCUUUCUCCAAUCAAGAUGGGUGCCUUGGGGAUGAGGCUCCCUGUUCUCCCUUCUCCCCUUCUCCCAGCUACAAGCUGUCUCCCUCUGGUUCCACUCUACCCAACGUCAGCCUUGGGGCAAUCGGCUCAGGGCUCAACCCCCAAAACUUCGCUGCUAGACAAGGUGGCAAUCAUGGUUUGUUUGGAAACAGCACAGCACAAUCAAGGGGCAUGCACACACCAGCGCAGCCACUAAAUCCUUCCCCCAAUAUCCGGGCGCAAGUGCCUCCCCAGUUUCUUUCCCCCCAGGUUUCUACUUCCGUGCUCAAGCAGUUUCCUAACAGUGGCUUGAACCCAGGUCUGUUCAAUAUGGGUCCCCAGCUGUCUCCUCAACAAAUUGCCAUGCUAAGCCAGCUUCAGAUUCCCCAGUUUCAACUAGCAUGUCAACUCCUCCUGCAGCAGCAGCAACAACAGCAACAGCAGCAGCUUUUACAGAGCCAGAGAAAGAUUUCUCAAGCUGUGCGACAGCAGCAAGAGCAACAGAUUGCACGUAUGGUGAGUGCCCUCCAGCAGCAGCAACAGCAGCAGCAGAGGCAGCCUGGUAUGAAGCAAUCUCCAUCCCAUCCCGUUGGUCCUAAGCCACAUUUAGACAGCAUGGUACCCAAUGCUCUGAAUGUGGGUCUUUCAGAUUUACAGACCAAAGGGCAAAUACCUGGAUACGGUUCUGGCUUUGGCUCAAGUGGCUUGGAUUAUGGCAUGGUGGGAGGGAAAGAAGCUGGAACAGAAUCUCGCUUUAAACAAUGGACUUCUAUGAUGGAAGGGCUGCCCUCCAUAGCUUCACAAGAUGCCAGUAUGCACAAAAAUGGCGCGAUAGUGCCCCCUGGAAAAGCCCGCGGAGGAUCACCCUACAACCAGUUUGACAUAAUCCCAGGCGACCCCUUGGGUGGCCAUGUGGGCCCUGCUGGUGAUAGUUGGUUACCUGCCAAAUCUCCACCAACAAACAAGAUUGGAAGCAAAUCCAGCAAUGCCAGCUGGCCUCCAGAGUUCCAACCGGGAGUGCCAUGGAAAGGUAUACAAAACAUUGACCCUGAAUCUGAUCCCUAUGUGACCCCUGGAAGUGUGCUGGGGGGUACAGCCGCAUCUCCCAUUGUAGAUACUGACCACCAACUUCUGCGGGACAACACCACAGGGUCUAAUUCUUCCCUCAACACCUCGCUGCCUUCACCUGGUGCCUGGCCCUACAGUGCCUCUGACAAUUCCUUCACCAACGUUCAUAGCACUUCAGCAAAAUUCAAUGAUUACAAAUCAGCAUGGUCCCCUGACCCCAUAGGACACAAUCCCACUCAUCUCUCCAACAAGAUGUGGAAAACCCAUAUUUCCUCAAGGAACACUACAGGGCUGCCCCGCCCACCUCCUGGCCUGACCAAUCCAAAACCAUCAUCUCCAUGGAGCAGUGCAGCACCCCGCUCGGGCAGGGGGUGGGGGCCACAGGACUCAAGGCUUGCUUCUGCCUCCACCUGGAGUGAUGGUGGCUCAGUUCGUCCAAGCUACUGGCUGGUUCUUCACAAUCUCACUCCUCAGAUUGAUGGGUCAACCUUGAGGACGAUCUGCAUGCAGCAUGGCCCACUGCUGACAUUCCAUCUGAACCUGACCCAGGGCACCGCCCUUAUCAGAUACAGCACCAAACAAGAGGCGGCCAAGGCCCAGACUGCACUGCACAUGUGUGUAUUGGGAAACACUACCAUCCUGGCUGAGUUUGCCACAGACGAGGAGGUUAGCCGCUUUUUGGCACAAGCUCAGCCCCCUACACCUGCAGCAGCCCCAAGUGCACCCACGGCAGGCUGGCAAUCCCUGGAGACAGGACAGAACCAGACAGAUCCAGUUGGACCUGCUUUGAAUCUUUUUGGUGGGACAACAGGGCUUGGGCAGUGGAGCAGCGGUGGUGGUGGCGGCAGCAGUGGGGGCGAUCUCGCUGGUGCUUCAUUAUGGGGGCCUCCAAGCUAUUCUUCAAGCUUGUGGGGGGUCCCAAACGUAGAGGAUCCACACAGGAUGGGCAGUCCUGCUCCCUUACUACCUGGAGACCUUCUGGGAGGAGGGUCGGAUUCAAUCUGAACUUAGAACUUUCAACUCUGACCUCGUGACCUUUUUUGGAACAGCAGCAGCACUAACUUGACCUUUUCGUUUUUUUUCAACUUGCAAUAAAUACAUUUAUAAAAGGAAAAAAGAAAACGGAGAGAGAAAAAAAGGUGGGUCAUUGACAGACUGUCUGAGCACAUAGUUGCCUCCCUUAUAUAACUUCAGUUUUUUCGUUUGGAAUAUGAAUCCAAAAAGAGAACAUAUCACUCUUGAAAUACUUGAAUCAUGAACGCCAACUUAGAAAGACAAUGUGAAGCAAGUACACAUACCAUUUAAAUUUAAACACAAAAAAUUAAAAAAAUUAGUUUCUAGUUUUUCACUUUUUCAUGUUAUACGGAAGUUGUUGCUAAGAAACAUAUAUACUGAAAAAAAAUAGCUUUUUAACUUUGUUUGCACUGGGUGUGUUUCCGUCCUUAGGUCUACCAUGUUGGGGUGGGGUUGGGGGGUGGGGUUCAAAAGAAUUAAAGGGG